CUAAAUUCUUCAUGGAAAAUGUUAGCGUCAACUGGUGAUAAGCAUGACUCGGCAGGCUGCCUUCCCUUUCGGAGCAGCAAAGACAGACCAGAGGAGCUGCAUGUGCAGCAGCCCCCAUAUCCUAAGACCCUGGAGGACCAUUUACAGCAAAAACCUAUCCAGUUCUUCUGGGGCCUCCCGUCUCUGCACAGCGAGUCCUUGCCCUCUGCUGUUCAUGUCUUGGCUGACAGUUCCUCAAUCUUUAUUUUCAAUAGAAACUCGAAUGCCUCCACAGGCCGAGAAUCACCAGUGCUUCCUGAUCCCCUGCCUCUGUCCUUGCCUGAGAUUCAGCCUGAGCCCUUGCCUCAAACCCUGCCUCAAUCUCAGCCCCUACCUCUUACUCAGGUCCAGUCCCAGGCCGACCCUCAGUCUCCACUCCCAGUCAUACCAUCUGAUCCUCUACCCCAGAUCAGGACCUGUGGAGUAAGUUUCCACAGACCUCAGGAUGAGUCCGAGUCUCUCUCCUCAUCUGAAAUUCAACAGCUGGAAUGGAACAUUUUACAGAAACAACAGGAAAAUUUGUGGGGUUUACCCUCUGUGGUCCAAAGAUCUUGGGAAGACUUUUGUCCAUCAGCUCCUAACACUCCUCGCCACCGGGCCCCCCAGGCCCAUGUUUCAAUCUCCAUCCUUCCUGGGGAGUUUCCUCUCAGUGAUGAAGUUCGGAAGAAACUAGAGCAUCACCUUAGAAAGAGGCUCAUCCAACACCGGUGGGGCCUGCCCCGCAGAAUCUACGAGUCUGUGUCACUGAUAUUGCCUCCAAAUGGUUUUUCAGAGGCAUCUGAGUCGGUGAGCAGUAAUGGAGUCUCACUGAUCUCUGUGUUUAAGGGUCAGAGUAGCAAAAAUGUAAAUGUUGGAUUGAGCCAAACUGGAGGCUUCCAUGAGAGGAGCUCAGAAAUGUUCCAGCUAGAGGAAGGUGUGGGGAAGAAUCUGGGACACAGCCUAGAGAAUGGCCCAAAAGAUCACCUGUUGAAUGACCCAAAGAGCUCUUCAGGUAAGGAUCUGGGGUAUGACUCUGAGAAAGACCUAAACAGUCAGAUGGUGAGUCUCUCAGAGAAAAAUUCAAGGAUGUCAGCAGAGAGUCUAGGUCAGAGACAACUUCAAAAUGUCCUAAAAGUACAUUUGAGCAAGAAGUUUGGAGAAAUAAAUGAGGGUCGGCUCCCUGGGACUGUGCAUAAUUCAUGGCAUGCUAUCAAGCAAACAUUGCUUCUUUCUGUGAAAUCCCACACCCAAACAGAACAGAGAAGUUUGCCAUCAUCAGUGGGUGUGGCCUACUCCCUGAAUACCUUCCAGGACCUGACUUUUGUUGAUUCCAAUACACAACAGAUGCUGGAAGCCCAUAUUAAAAGGUUUCGUAUGAGGAUGUUGUGGGCCCUUCCCCGCAAGGUCCUUAAAUCCAUACGGAUCUUUAAAUUGAAAGAUGCCUCAUCCCAGUCCUUGUCUCAUGCCAACUUGCCCUCCUCAACCAAUGUGAUUUCUGAGGCAGACUCCAAAUCUGGGAGCUUCAAGUCCUUUAGAGGAAGCUCUGAAUCUCUCCAUGGAGACAAAGUGGCAACAACCAAUUCAGCCCCUGUCCUGGAUCGUUCUCUCCCUGCCACCUCGCCUGUGGGCAAAGGAGGACAGCGGGUCCUGAGACAAUCACGCUCUGAUGUCAACCGUGGGCUGGCAGAGGAUGUUCAGAGAAUUAAGGAUGCCAGACAGACUCGUCUGUCUGUUUCACUCCGCAUCACAGGGAAAGCAGGUCAUAGACAGACUCAACUAGCCAACAGAAAUCCCCAAAAGCUGCUUGCAAAGCAAGCUGGGGCCAGAUAUGAGCCGAAGCAUAAGAGUGUGAGUUCCAGUGAUAAAGGAGAAAUGCAACGGGGCAAAAAGGUGGCAAAGUCAGAACCUGUUUCCAUGCCCAAAUUGUCUAGGGAGGUAUUCAUGGCUGAAGAGCUUGAUCCUCUUCAAUUAAAAACUAGUGACAUGGUGACAACUAGCAAGCCAGGGAGCUCCCAAAUGAUAAAUGUGAAUGAGAAUAAAGCAGAAACUACCGUGACCACUGGAAGCCCCCCACCCAAAUUACCAGUUCGCCAAGAUCCUAAAUCAUUAGACCUUAAAGAACAACUGUUCCGUGAGUUAAACUUUAAACUGGAGAACAGGGAGCAUAGCCAGGCUCAAGGCCAACCCACUGACACAUCCCUUGCUUCAGAUAACUUGACUUACGAGGCCUCACUGACUCAUGCCCAAGGUGUCUCAGGUGGGGACAUGGGAGCUUCCCACGUGCUGCAUGUCCAUUUGGAGGACAGAGGAAUCAGGAUGGAGCAGCAGCAGGAACCUUGGGCCCCUAAGCAGGCCUUAAGGAGGUGCCAGCAUAAGAACUUCCCACCAACUGCAAAGGGAGUGAGCCCUCUGGAGCCCAAGGCAAAAGAGCUUGAUGGAGGGGAUAAAGGCUUGGGGACAUCCCAACUUAGGAGGAAGAGUUUCCCUACUCAGGAGAUGGUACUAGGGCAGACACCUGCGAGCAAGUCUUCCCAGACCCUGUCACAGAAGGGACAGCCUCUUCCUGAAGGCCAUAACGGAAAAAGAAUGAUGCACUUCUUGCAAUGGCUUUAUUCUGGGAUAGAAUACAAAAGUCAAGAAGAUGCCCAGGAAAAGGGCAGCCCCAUAUCAACUGUGCAGAACAGAGGCCUAGUUAAAAGUAAAGCUGCCUUUACUGGGACAACUGAAGCUCAGAAAAUCGUGACAGACAACGGGAAGUUCCUAGUGGAGAAACUGGGGUGUCAGCAUGCAAUUGAUGUCACCUGCUCUCAAGGGCCCCGUCCUCCCCCAGUGCAGGUGAGGAAAACUCAGCAAAAGGCGGAAGUGCAGGUCCGGACACAGCCUGUCCAGGGACAUCCUUUCAACUACAGGGCUCCCUCCUGUAAAGUGACAAAUACCAAGUCCUGCCAUCAAAUAUCAAGUCCUAUCUUUGCUGGCCAGAGUUAUCCUCCAAGUACAAGACAGAUCAGAGAUAAGAAGAGACACCCCCAGAAAGUUGUGGCAUUCAAGGACCAGCAACUAUGUCACAGACAUCUCCCACCAGUGUCCCACGGGGAGCCUGUGCCCCAUCCAAGCCCCACCCACAGGCAUCAAGCUGGCCAGGCACCCACGGCUGCUCUCAGCACUGCUGAAGGCACUGUGUUUGGACAUCGGUCUCUACUCUUUAGACAGAAAACAAUUCUCCACAAUUCCCAGGGAGGAAGACUUCCCAUCCAGAAAUAACUCCUUCCUUGUGGAGAUUAUUGAUUCUCCCAAAUAAAUAGUUA